UUCCCAUAAUUGUUUAAACAUCUUCACUGUUUCUCUUCAAUUUGUUGCUUAAAUUGGCCCACUUCCUUCGCGUUUUCACCCUAUAAAAUCCCCCCAUUUCCCAUACUGUCCUUCCUACAAACUCAAUUCUCAACAUUAAUAUUCUCUUGCAAUCCUUGAAGCUUCUUAUUUUCAUUCUUAAAAUUGGAGUCAUGGUUCCAGGUGAGAUCAGUGGGAUACACUAUCUAACACCAGAAAAUCCAAUUCCAAUUCCUGCAAAUUUUAGCAUGAUGCAAAGUAAUAUACCAAAUUUUCAUCUCAACAUGCUAUUGACCAACUUACCAAAUUCUCUUAUUCCUCCAGUACCAGUGCCAGUUCAAGUUCCAGGCUGUGACUUCACUUCACAGGCCUCAAGCCUCAGCAAUAACUCAUCAACUUCUGAUGAAGUUGAGGAGCAGCAACUCAGAAUCAUCGAUGAAAGGAAGCAGCGACGAAUGAUUUCCAACAGAGAAUCUGCUCGGAGGUCAAGGAUGCGUAAACAGAAGCACCUGGAUGAGCUAUGGUCUCAGGUGGUUCGUCUUCGAACUGAGAAUCACAAUCUCCUAGACAAGUUAAACCAUGUAUCAGAGUGCCAUGAACGUGUGUUGCAAGAAAAUGCUAGGCUCAAGGACGAAGCGUCUGAUCUUCGCCAAAUGCUGAGUGAACUGCAAAUUGGGAGCCCUUACACUAAUACUGCUUUCAGAGAUCUUGAAGAUCAGGUACCCUGUAAUACAGCUCAUCUGAGAGCUGAGUCCACAAAUCAAUCCCAUACAAAUUCAGUUAGCUUGCUUCAUUGAUGAGAUGAAGGCUAGUUUUCGCAAUAACCAUCUGCUCUUCUAUGUUCUUGUUGUUUGCUAUGGUUGUCAAUUAGGCUUUUGCCUUCUAUUGAGAUGUAUGAAAUGAGAAGUAGACCAUGCAAUAACAGCUUUAAACUAUUUUAUUCCAAUUUCUA